AUGGCAGAUCCACUGUCGCUUAUCAUCAAAGCGAUCAAGGUCAAAAUAGCCUUGAACAGGCUAUCACGAUUAAAAGAAAAUGCAGUACGGGAGCACAUGGGAUUGCCCCCGAAAACGAAAUGGACUGAAGAAUGUUAUGAGGGAUUCAUGUCGUCACUUAGAACUGCCUGUUGUGAAAUAUUUACACCGUGUUGUAUACUUGGUAAAAUCAAACGACCAGAAGUACCAGACAGCUGCAUUAAAAGAAUAUUUUUUAAUGGAACAUAUGAGAAUGACGUAUUCAAAAAUGUUCUUGGUUUCAUUUGUGGUGUGUUAGUAACGAUUAUAUUAUACUUAAUCAUGGUAUUUCAAAUAAAAUUUACACCUCUGACGUCAUCAUUGAUAUGCACAUUUUUGGGUGCACUACUAACACUAGGACUCGCUUUUACGUCACAGACAAGAUUAAUGGUAUUACUGAUAAUUCCACAGUUCUUCACAAGUAAAGGUAGAUCAUUUUUGUUAAUGUAUGCUGUUAUACUUGUUAUGAACCAUCCUGUACAGAACUUCAACAAAAAUGUACUUGUUAUGUCUGACAGUUCAACAUGUGGUCAAGAAAUGGCAUUCAAUCAAACCAGGGAAGUUAUUGAAGCAGCCUUUUCUCCAAUGGCAGGUGUAAUAAAAACUAUAAACAAGUUGAUGGAUGCUCUAAAACAGUUUGCGGCUCUUAUACGGAAGGCGUUUACAGCACUGCAGUCAGCUAUCACCGAAAUAGCUGCUGUAUUGGAUCGGGCGUUAAAAUGGCUGGGAAACAUUGUAAAUAUAUGUAACGAGAAAAUGGGUCAACCUUUCAAGAGAUGUAAUAAAGCAUUUGAAACUGCUUUUAGGAGAUGCAAAGAUGCUUUGGGCAUUUUUGGAUUUAUUUGCCAUGUUGUAAAGGCUGUUAGCUAUGUUUGCUAUAUCUGCAAAAUUACAGACUUGCUUUGUAUUAUUGCAUCCUGGAUUAAAAACCUAGUAGUUGACAAAAUUGUAAAACCUGUGGAAUCUGCUAUAUUUGAUAUCAAGAUGAUGUUUUACUUUAAUGUCACUAUAAAUUACCACUAUGAAUUUAACAUGACACAGUCCAAAUCAUACACACAAGUAAGAAAAGACAUUAUGAAUGAGGUGAAAGAAAGACUUGGCAGCUUUUCAGAAGUUAUGUCAGUGAUGACAAAUGUCAUGCUAUUAACCAUUAUAUUUGUAUUUAUCAAAGCAGUUAUAUACAGACAGAAAUAUUUGAGUAGCGAUAAGUUUGAUAACUAUUACUUAACGUACAAGGUACAAGAAGUUGAUCAACGUAGAAAGCAAAUGGGAAAAGAAAGAAUAUACCCAAUGACUAGGAAAGAGAAAAGAAAAUAUGUUGCUUCAACAUCCAUAAAACUGGUAAGGAGAGAGAGGUGCAAAAUGGCAAAAGGAUUUUUUAUAUUAUUCAUAGCAGGGUGUCAUGCUUCGUUUUAUCUGAUGUCGGAUUAUGGUUUAUGGUGGUUGUUAACAAUGCUGAGAAAGCAUUUGAUGCUCAAAACAAAUAAUACAGUCCCGCCACAUCUGAAGAUGCAUGUACAAGGAAGAGGUGCUAUGGCAGACAUGUAUAAAGCUAUGAUCGGUAUGUUUGACCCAAUUGCGCAGGCUGGAUCUAAACUUGAAACAGCACCAUGCCUUCCAGAACCAUAUGAACCAGAAUGGGCAGUAUAUGAUGAGAUAGGUUGCAUAUUUGGACUAUGCGUCUUUCUUGUAAUGUUUGAAGCAUACGGUUUACGUCUGAGGCAUAUUAUCUGUGGUUGUUUCUUUCCAAAAAGAGAAGGCGCAAGAGGAGUUUGGUUGUACAAUCAUAUGUUAAAGACCAGAGGAGGAUUUUUGAAAUUUGAGCGACGCAAAAUCAGGAGGGAAUAUAAUACAUCGUGUUCACGACAGAAAGCAAGCAUCAAAGGAAAGCUUGCAGCAAAAUACGAAAUAUGUCGAAAACUUCUAAAGUAUCUUGGAUGGGAGCAAAAAGCAUGUCUUAGUUGCGGGCGCGAAGGAAGAAUAGCAGACAUGGAAAACUUUUAUCACUGUGUAAAUGGUGACUGCAGAGCGGUCUAUUGCUGUGAUUGCUAUGAUGAUUUAAACAAUAUGUGCACAGUUUGUAUGAAUCCUAUUGACUAUGGAGAUCUAUCAGACUACAGUGAAGAAAGAGAUUCUAGCGAGGAUGAAGAUGAAUAUCUAAAGAAAAAAGAAGAAGCCAGACUACGUCGAGAAGAGAGAGAUAGAAUAAGAGCUGAAAAUUCUCCAAGCAAGUUGUUGAUAAGGACUGGAUUUAUGCCAAUUCCUCAACCAAAGAAAAAUGAUGACACUGACGAAGCUUCAUCACAGAUUGAUGAGGACUUGUCUGAAGUGUUCAGUGAUGAAAUGGCGCAGUCAUUACUGGAAGGAUCCGUUCAUAGAUUACAUUAAAUUGACCAAGAACAAGUUUAGUUGACUGAAGAGAGUUUCAGUGAAAACUUAUCACCUCAAAGUAAUGAUGACAAUCCAGUUUCGCCAAGAUAAGUUUCAUCAGCAGUUACAUCAGACGUUUUGGAAAAGAAAAUCUGGUCCUACAAAAAGGUUUUAUUAAACACUAAAAAAAUUUCGUAUGAUGACCUGAUAGAACAAGAUAAUGAUGAAAGCAGUUAAGGAGCAGAUGAGAUGAAAAUUCAA